GGUAGGAGCGGGAGCCCCGGCGCUUCCUUUCUGACGGCGAGAGGGUGGUGGGGAGAGCCGGCGAGAGAGGCCGGUCCCUCGGGGGAGGAAGAGCUCCGCCUCGUCCGCUUCCGAAAUCUGGCCGAACUUGGCCUCGGCUCCUCUUGCGCGCCCCCGCCGCCGCCGCCGCCCCCGAGGCGCGUGCCCGCCGGCAUGGACAAGAGUGCUGUUGCGAAGAUGGGAGCGGUGGCCAGCGCCAGCGUGUGCGCCCUCGUCGGAGGGGUGGUCCUGGCCCAGUACAUCUUCACCGUCAAGAAGAAGACGGGCCGGAAGACCAAGAUCAUAGAGAUGAUGCCAGAAUUCCAGAAGAAACCUGUCCAUAUCAAGGACCCUGAGAGGGUGGAAGAAAUUAUCUGUGGCCUCAUCAAGGGAGGAGCUGCCAAACUUCAGAUAAUUACAGACUUUGAUAUGACAUUAAGUAGAUUUUCUUAUAAUGGCAAAAGGUGUCCAACAAGCCAUAACAUCAUUGACAACUGUAAACUCAUAACAGAUGAAAGUCGCAAGAAGUUAUUCCAACUGAGAGAAAUAUAUUAUCCUAUUGAAAUUGAUCCUAGCCUUACAAUUGAAGAAAAAUAUCCUUACAUGGUUGAAUGGUACAACAAAUCACAUGCUUUACUUAUUGAACAAGGAUUGCAAAAGGACAAAUUUGCUGAAAUUGUGAGGGAGUCUGAUGUUAUGUUGAAAGAAGGGUAUGAAAGUUUCUUCGAUAAACUCCAUGAGCAUAAUAUUCCUGUAUUCAUAUUUUCUGCUGGAAUUGGAGACAUCUUAGAAGAAGUUAUUCAUCAAGCAGGCGUCUACCAUUCCAAUGUCAAAGUAGUUUCCAAUUUCAUGGAUUUUGAUGAGAAUGGUAUAUUAAAAGGAUUUAAAGGGGAACUAAUUCAUGUUUACAACAAACAUGAUGGUGCUUUGAAGAAUACAGAGUACUUCAAGCAGUUAAAGGACAAUAGUAACAUUAUAUUGCUCGGAGAUUCCCAAGGAGAUUUGACUAUGGCAGAUGGAGUGGCAAAUGUUGAACACAUUCUUAAAAUUGGUUAUCUCAAUGAUAAAGUAGAAGAACUGCUGGAAAAAUAUAUGGACUCCUAUGACAUUGUUUUGGUGAAAGAUGACUCUUUGGAUGUAGCUAAUUCAAUCCUGCAAAAGAUUCUGUAACAUGCAAGCCUAUGAUGUCUCAGAAUAUUACUGUUGAUACUGUUUUUCACAGUAUUGUAACUUUAUUUAGAAAGUAACAUACUGUAUACAUACAUGAUCAUCUGGAUAUUCCUCUGCUGCUGUUAAACACAUUUUACUUUUAA